AUGGCAGACAGAGGAUUCCCGACGCACUGCCCAUGUGGCUCCCGUGUUUCCCGCCGCACAUCUAAAACCCCCACCAACCCUGGCCGCUUAUUUCACAGUUGUCCAUAUGGCAAUGAGAACAAUCCUCACCACCUAUUCAAAUGGACGGAUCUGUGUAUGGUUGAGGAAAUCGAGGACAUAAAAUUCAAUAUCGAUGGUCUUCAAAUGGCUUCAGUUGACACGGAAAAAGUCGUGCAGGUCUGUCAAUCUCAGAUCGAGAAUCUUACACUUGAAAACCGUGCUUGCUGCAGUCUCGUUAGCACGCUGAAAAACGAGAUCUCUGGAUUCGAACAGGAAAUUAAAGAUGCCCACAUGGAACUCAGAAGCCUAAAAAACAUGGUUGCCUGUGUUGUUGUACUUUUUGUUGUCUAUAAGUUAUGUACAUAG